CUUCGCAUCUUCCUUCUGCAUUGCUCCGGUGGUCUGAAAACUUGCAGAAACCCUUGUGGUGUUCAAAACACAAAAGGCUGAAACGAUGGCAGACCCAACGGCUUCUUCGGCUUCAGACAAGGGACAGGAACCCUCUUCUUCAUCGGACGAGAAAAAUACUAAACGGGAUUUUUCCACUGCAAUUUUGGAACGGAAGAAAUCUCCAAAUCGCUUAGUUGUUGAUGAGGCUAUAAAUGAUGAUAACUCUGUUGUUUCUUUGCAUCCUGCCACCAUGGAAAAGUUGCAGUUCUUUAGAGGAGAUACUAUUUUAUUAAAGGGGAAGAAGCGGAGAGAUACAGUGUGUAUUGUACUUGCUGAUGAACAAUGUGAAGAGUCAAAAAUCAGAAUGAAUAAAAUUGUAAGAGGUAAUCUCAGAGUUCGUCUUGGAGAUGUUGUAUCUGUCCAUCAGUGUCCUGAUGUGAAGUAUGGAAAGCGGGUUCAUAUCCUCCCUAUUGAUGAUACAAUAGAGGGUGUUACUGGCAACCUAUUUGAUGCAUAUUUGAAACCUUAUUUCUUGGAAGCAUAUCGACCGGUAAGGAAGGGUGACCUGUUCUUAGUCCGGGGUGGAAUGAGAAGUGUUGAGUUCAAGGUCAUAGAAACGGAUCCUGGUGAAUACUGUGUUGUUGCACCUGAUACCGAGAUCUUCUGUGAGGGAGAACCCAUCAAACGUGAGGAUGAGGAGAGAUUAAAUGAAGUUGGAUAUGAUGAUGUUGGAGGUGUCAGGAAGCAAAUGGCUCAGAUCCGAGAAUUAGUCGAGUUACCACUUAGACACCCACAACUCUUCAAAUCAAUUGGUGUUAAGCCUCCAAAAGGGAUAUUGCUAUAUGGGCCUCCUGGUUCUGGAAAAACUCUUAUAGCAAGAGCUGUUGCUAACGAGACAGGUGCCUUCUUCUUUCUUAUUAAUGGGCCGGAAAUAAUGUCAAAGUUAGCUGGUGAGAGCGAAAGUAAUCUGAGGAAGGCAUUUGAGGAAGCUGAAAAGAAUGCCCCCUCGAUUAUAUUUAUUGAUGAGCUUGAUUCCAUUGCUCCAAAGAGGGAGAAAACGCAUGGAGAAGUGGAAAGACGGAUUGUGUCCCAACUUCUUACCUUGAUGGAUGGCCUGAAGACUCGAGCACAUGUUAUUGUUAUUGGAGCAACUAAUAGACCCAAUUCAAUUGACCCUGCUUUGAGGAGAUUUGGAAGAUUUGAUCGGGAGAUUGAUAUUGGUGUACCCGAUGAAGUAGGACGAUUGGAAGUCCUUAGGAUCCAUACAAAGAACAUGAAACUUGCAGAGAAUGUUGAUCUUGAGAGAGUUGCAAGGGAUACACAUGGUUAUGUUGGUGCCGACCUAGCCGCUCUUUGUACUGAAGCAGCACUCCAGUGUAUUAGGGAGAAAAUGGAUGUCAUCGACUUGGAAGAUGAAUCAAUAGAUGCUGAGGUUUUGAAUUCCAUGGCUGUAACCAAUGAACACUUCCAAACUGCUCUAGGGUCUUCUAAUCCAUCGGCCUUGCGGGAAACUGUUGUGGAGGUUCCAAACGUGUCAUGGGAUGAUAUUGGUGGGUUGGAAAAUGUUAAAAGAGAGCUCCAGGAGACUGUCCAAUACCCAGUGGAGCAUCCUGAGAAGUUUGAAAAAUUUGGCAUGUCACCUUCUAAAGGUGUUCUCUUUUAUGGUCCCCCUGGCUGUGGUAAAACGCUACUGGCUAAGGCAAUUGCCAAUGAAUGCCAGGCCAACUUUAUAAGUGUGAAAGGACCUGAGUUGCUGACGAUGUGGUUUGGUGAAAGUGAGGCAAACGUGAGAGAGAUAUUUGACAAGGCUCGUCAGUCAGCUCCUUGUGUACUAUUUUUUGAUGAGCUCGAUUCUAUAGCAACUCAGCGUGGUAGCUCUGUUGGAGAUGCUGGUGGUGCAGCAGACAGAGUCUUGAACCAACUUCUUACAGAAAUGGAUGGCAUGACUGCAAAGAAGACUGUGUUCAUAAUUGGGGCAACAAACAGGCCAGACAUUAUCGACCCCGCGCUGCUGAGGCCGGGUCGUCUGGACCAAUUAAUAUACAUCCCACUCCCUGACGAGUCUUCUCGUCUUCAAAUCUUUGAAGCGUGUCUGCGAAAGUCGCCAGUGGCGAAAGAUGUCAAUCUGUCAGCUCUUGCACGGUAUACCCAUGGCUUCAGUGGAGCUGAUAUCACCGAAAUAUGUCAGCGUGCCUGCAAGUAUGCCAUUAGAGAAAAUAUUGAGAAGGAUCUUGAAAGGGAGAGAAAGCAGGGUGAAAACUCAGAAGCCAUGGAAGAAGAUGAGAUUGACGAUGUCUCAGAGAUUAAAGCAGCACAUUUUGAGGAGUCAAUGAAGUUUGCUCGCCGAAGUGUGAGCGAUGCAGACAUCAGGAAGUACCAGCUCUUUGCUCAGACCCUACAGCAAUCUCGUGGGAUUGGUUCUGAGUUUCGGUUCCCUGAUCGAAACGACAAUGUGGCAGCGGGAUCUGCUGACCCCUAUGCUUCCACCAUGGGUGCUGGAGAUGAUGAUGACCUUUAUGGCUGAAGUUCAAACCAUUCAGGGCAGUAGUUUGUUCGGUUUUUCUUCUGUAAACGAGUUUUUAGUGCUUUUUAUGGGCUUUCUUCUCUUGGAAUGUAGUGGUUAAGUGAAGAGACUCGUGUUGUUGUAGACACUUUCUUAGAAAGGUCUCUCUAUGUAAAUAAAGGAAUGUGGAACGCAUCAUGACUUCCGAGUA